GUUUGGAUGAAAUUCCUUUCCAAUAAAGUACUAGUAGCUAAAAAGGCCCACCUCACUGAAGUUACCUUCCAUUUUUUCUAAGAACCACUCGUUCAGGAACCAUGAUGAUGGAUCCACGGACUCUCAUACAAGUGUAUUUCUCCGAAGACUCACAGACUUCAAAAGUUUCUUAUCGCAGGUGAUAUUCAUACACCGGACAGGUUUUCAGGAAUAAUGCAUGGCCAUGGCCUUGGCAGUGAAAGGGAUCCUCUCUUGAGCAGACAUGCAGGUAGAAAGAGAGAUGCUGCAGCCGAGAAUGGUCAGCUCACUGACCUUGAGCAUGGGGAUGGAGCACCGGCCCCAAACGUGGGAUUCUUCCGGGUGCUUUCACUAGCUAAACCUGAAGCGGGUAAGUUAAUCAUUGCAACAAUAGCACUCUUGAUCGCAUCAACUUCUAGCAUUUUGAUUCCAAAAUUUGGAGGAACAAUUAUCGAUAUUGUUUCAAGGAAUAUCCAAACUGAUGAACAGAGAGAUGAAGCUAUAGGAGCUGUAAAAAGCACUAUUCUUGAAAUAUUUUUGAUUGUAAUUGUGGGUUCAAUCUGCACAGCACUUCGUGCAUGGUUGUUCUCUUCUUCUAGUGAAAGAGUUGUGGCUCGCUUGAGAAGGAACUUAUUCAGCCACCUCAUUCACCAAGAGAUAGCCUUCUUUGAUGUCACCCGAACUGGGGAGCUCCUUAGUAGGCUCUCUGAAGACACUCAGAUCAUAAAAAGUGCAGCAACAACAAAUCUUUCAGAGGCUCUGAGGAAUCUUUCUACUGCAUUUAUUGGUCUAGGAUUCAUGUAUACAACUUCAUGGAAACUAACAUUGUUGGCUUUAGUAGUUGUUCCAGCCAUAUCAGUUGCUGUACGCAAAUUUGGCCGUUAUAUGCGUGAACUUUCCCACAAGACACAAGCUGCAGCUGCAGCGGCCUCAUCAAUUGCCGAGGAAAGUUUUGGGGCAAUACGCACAGUCAGGUCUUUUGCGCAAGAAGAUUAUGAGACAUCACGGUACUCUUUAAAAGUUGAAGAGACUUUGAACCUUGGACUUACUCAGGCUAGAGUAGUCGGUCUUUUCUCUGGAUGCCUAAAUGCAGCAUCAACUCUAUCAGUCAUUAUUGUAGUGCUUUAUGGAGCUACUUUGACCAUUAAUGGCUCAAUGACAGCUGGAUCUCUGACAUCGUUUAUUCUUUAUAGCUUAACUGUUGGAUCCUCGGUAUCUGGACUAUCUGGAUUAUACACUGCAGCGAUGAAAGCUGCAGGAGCAAGUAGGAGAGUUUUUCAGCUCUUGGAUCGGGUCUCAUCAAUGCCAAAAUCAGGAAAUAUUUGUCCUUUAGGAGAUCAAGAUGCAGAGGUAGAAUUAGAUGAUGUUUGGUUUGCUUAUCCUUCCCGACCCAACCAUAUGGUCCUCAAGGGUAUUACGUUGAAACUAGAACCUGGGUCAAAAGUUGCUCUGGUUGGUCCAAGUGGCGGCGGAAAGACGACAAUAGCUAAUUUGAUAGAGAGGUUUUAUGAUCCCACCCAAGGAAAGGUCUUCCUCAACCGGGUUUCUUUGUUAGAAAUCUCUCAUGAACAUUUACACAAAAAGGUCAGCAUAGUGAGCCAGGAACCCAUUCUUUUCAAUUGUUCUAUUGAAGAGAACAUUGCCUAUGGCUUGGGUGGCACAACAAGCAUGAUAGAUAUUGAAAAUGCAGCUAAAAUGGCAAAUGCCCAUGAGUUCAUUUCAAGUUUUCCUGAAAAAUACCAAACACAUGUGGGAGAGCGUGGGCUAAGGCUUUCAGGUGGUCAGAAACAGAGAAUAGCAAUUGCUAGAGCUCUGCUGAUGAAUCCGAGGGUUUUACUUCUGGAUGAGGCCACAAGUGCUCUUGAUGCUGAAAGCGAGUAUCUUGUUCAGGAUGCGAUGGAUUCUCUUAUGAAAGGGAGGACUGUACUUGUCAUAGCUCACAGGCUUUCCACUGUGAAGAGUGCAAAUACUGUGGCAGUGAUCUCUGGUGGGCAGAUAGUUGAGAGUGGGACUCAUGAUGAGCUUCUGAGCAAGGAUGGCAUUUAUACAGCACUGGUUAGGAGGCAGUUGCAGGCACCUAAAGACUGAAAUGUAUGCCUUACCUUCUAGCAGUAGUUUCUUGUGGAGUAACAAUUGAGAACUACAAUGCAAUCAGAUUGGAGUUACUUGUUUAGGAACUACCCACCAGACACAAUUUGAAAUCCACUACGUUCUCCCUACCAUUGGACUAUUACACAAUGAGACCACCUUCCUCCUCGAGGGAUAUAUUUGCAUACCUUUCAUGCAUAGCUCCCAACCUAGGUAGGAACCCUGCUUGAUUUCCAUAAAAGAUUGGAAAAUGAAAGGGGUAAUUUGAGUUUGCACCCCAUAUUAUUGUCUAAAUUGGAUUUUGCACCUCGUUUUUAAAAAUCUUUGUUUUUGCACCUCAUUUUUAAAAUCUUUGUUUUUGCACCCUAUCUCCAUAUGAAAAGACAAAAAUGCCCUCAAUCAGGAAUAUGUUGAAGGUCAACAUAAUUGUUAAUGGAUGGGCAUUUUAGUCUUUUCAUAUGGGGUUGGGGUGCAAAAACAAAGAUUUUUAAAAAUGGGGCGCAAAGUCCAAUUUAGACAAAAAUAUGGGGUGCAAACUCAAAUAUACUCCAACAACAACAACAACAUCCAAGCCUUAGUCCCAAAAGAUAUUGGGGUCGGCUAACAUGAAUCGAUACAUGAUAUCACAACCAAAAGGAAAAGAAGGAAUAAAGAUAAAAAAGAUAAGCUAUUAUGAAAAGAUAAUAUAAAAAAGAUGAAUAUAUAUAAAAAUGAUAAAAUAAAAAGGCUGCAAAUAAUGCAUAUAUAUAUAUAUAAGGAUAAAAAAAACUAGGAAAAAAAAGAUGAGGGAAAAAGAUUAUCAAGAUCACUCCUUCACGUGAAUACACGCCCUCCACUUAGUUCUCUCUAAAGUCAUGCCCUCAUCCAACCCCAAAAGAAGCAUAUCACUUCGAACUUCCCUAACCCACGUCUGUUUGGGUCUUCCUCUCCCUCUCUUCCCUGCCUCUUCUCCACACAUUUCAAAUCGCCUAACAGGUGCAUCACUCGGUCUUCUACGCACAUGACCAAACCACCGUAGGCGCGACUCUCGCAUCUUGUCUUCAAUAGGUGCUACUCCC